UUCCCACUGACAUCAGCUACCCCAUCCCUUUACAAAUAAAAAAUUAUGCAGUCCAUCAGAUAGUAUUGAAAGAUUUACCAAUUAUUCAAUAUUUCACUGGACAGCUAGGUAAAUGGGUAUACUUGGAAAGUUGUUUGGAAAGUACCUGUUAGUGACAAAUACUGUGAGUUGCGGCUUAAUGAUGGGAUUUGGUGAUCUUUUCCAGCAGGGACAUGAGCAUUGGAAACAAUGCAGCAGAAACGAGAGUGUUUCCUUGCAGAGCGGAAAAUUGUUGAAGCUCGAUUCAGAAACUAAAAUAGAUAAUGAAAUAAACUCAAUAACUCUACCUAAUAUUGACGAUAAUGAUAAAAAAUAUGUCCACGAUUAUAUACGAACAAAAAAUAUGAUUAUAGUUGGCAGUAUACAGGGUCCAUUUCAUCACUACUUUUAUGCAAUAUUAGAACGAACGAUUCCCAAAAAAGAUGCAGUUUCCUUAGUCAAGAAAAUACUUGCAGACCAAUUCAUCGCCAGUCCUGCAUGUCUCGCAAUUUUUUUCUGUGGUCUUGGAGCUCUGGAACAUAAUGAAAUAGGAAGUAUCCAAAAUGAAGUUGCGCUAAAGUUUUUGGAUACCUGGAAGAUCGACUGGUGCUUCUGGCCUCCUGUACAGUUUAUUAAUUUCCUACUGGUUCCUAUACAGUAUCGUGUGAUCUAUACAAAUCUAAUGACUAUGAUCUACGAUACAUUUUUAUCGUACAUGAGAUACGAUGCAGAAUAUGACUAAUUAUUGAACAAAUCAUCAGCAAGUGGGCUUGUAAAUAAAAUAAAUGACAAGGUGUAUAUAUAUACAUAUAUACGCAGAAAUUAUAACUUGUCUGAUAGAAUGAGUGUUUUUAGCUCAAAAUCCAUGUAAAUAUAGUUGAUAAGUGGAUAUGUUGUUAUUUGAAAAUAAAUAAGAAUAAUUUUUGGAA